AUGCGGGUGGCGCUGGACACGACCUACAUCCUGGGACGGGGCGCGGUGAAGGACACCUACAAUCUGCUGGCGGACGGCAUCGUCAAACUGUUGCGGGUCCUGGCGGCCGUGGCGAACGCCACCUUGCCGGCAUGGGCGGAAGCCCAGGGGUACGAGAGGUACCUGGGCUCCAGCAUCAAGGGCGAGGCGACGAUUGACUGGUCGGACCGCAAAGCGCGGCGGAAGCUUUUGGGGGAGAUAGUGGCCGAUGCGGACCGGCUGCUGGAACUGGCGCGACAGGCGUGGGUGGAAUUGCCG